GAUGAACCGGUCCGCGUCCGCGUCCACCGCCGACUCGCACGUCCGCUACCUCCGCGACCGGCUCUCGGCCAAGCUGGGCGUGCCCGAGGAACCGGCGGCCGCCCCCAAGACCGUUAGCAGCAAGGCGGCGGAGCCCAAGGCCCGGCGCAAGGCCGCCCCGGCCAAGGCGAAGACCCCCAAGCCCAAGCCGCGGGAGCCGCUCCGACUGUCGCCACCCCUGGCCGCGCCGUCCGCCGUGCGCAGGGUGCUGCGCAAGGCCGAGGACCGGGACGCCAGGGCCGCGGACAGGGUCAAGGUCACCGUCGCGAUCUCGUCGCGGCAGCCCAAGUCGUCCCCCCAGCCCGGCCGCUCGUCGCGGGCGUCCACCGCGUCCACGUCGACCUCGCUGAGGGACGCCGUCCUGUGCGAGGCGCGGCGCCCGGGCUCCAAGACGGGCCGGCACGACGGCUACCCGGCCGAGCCCGUGACCAUCACGCGCAGGUCCGCGUCCGGCACCGGCGCCGCCCAGGACGACGCCGGGGUCCGCAGGCGCAGCAAGCGGCCCCGCCCGGAGGCGCUCGUGUUCUCCGGCGCCGACCCCUCGCCCAGGGUCAUCGCAUCCAAGCGGGCUGCCCUCGGCGCUGUCCCCACGCUCCCGAGAGCCGCGCAGGCCUCACCGCUGAGGUCCCCAAGAACGACGGUCAGCUCUCCGAGGCCCGCCCCUCUGCGGCCCGCCGGCCGGCAUCUGUCGCUGGUCGACAGCAUCCGCGCGCCCUGCAGGCCGAGCCCCCCACGGCCGAGCCCGCCCAGGACCACGACGAGUAGGCCUGCGCAGCCCGCCGUGCGCCACUGGCCUGCGUCCGGGCCCCCGGGUUCUAGCCACUUCUUCGAGCACCUCUUCCUGCGCGACAUGGCCUCCGUCGGCCGGAGCUUGUCCGUGGCCGAGCGGGCCCGGGUGUUCGGCGCCGAGGGUCCUCCGCCCGUCCGGCGCCCGGCGUCCUUCCGGUCGGAGCCGUCGCUCGACGUCUACCUGCAGCAGAAGAAGCCCGUGUCCGAGUCGCGCUUCCGGAGCCUGGACAGGCUGCGGCACUCACGCUCCUCGAGCCCGCCGACCCGGGCCGUGCUCACGGACCGCGACCACGACUUCUACUCCAUGGUGCAGCGCUUCGAGUCUGAAGAGAGGGGGUGCCGCAGCGCGAGCGAGCCUCCCGCCGCCACCCCCGGGCCGCCUCCGCCGCCACUGCCCGCGGACAAGGCGAGCUCGCGGUCGUCGACACUCAGCAGGUCGCCGUCGCACCGCCGCAUCCAGGGCGCGCGCUCUUCGCGCCGACCGGCGCCCGCCCCGGUGGAGGGCGUCCAGGGCGUGCGAGUGGCCGCGCGCAGCUCUGACGAGCCCAAGCGCCGCAGCCUGAGCCUCAGCUCGACGGACGCCGUCAAGGCCGAGCACCAGGACUACCAGGCCUACGUGCUGGAGCUGGUGCACUCCACCAAGAAGUCGGAGCGCUUCCGCGAGCUCAACGAGUUCUACUCCAAGCUGGAGCGCAUGGGGCAGCUCGAGAGGACGGCGUCGACGGGUGACCUGCGGCCUCGGCUCCGCAACGAGGAGAUCAUCGACUACGACCGGUGGCGCAGCGUCCGCACCAAGGAGCGCGCCGAGGAGGAGCUGCAGCACAUCUACCGCCGCCUACGCGAGGACCAGCGCAGCAAGGACCUGCUGUUCAGUACCAAGGACGUGGUGCGCUGGAAGGGCGACCGCGGGCUCCGCGUGAAGGACCGCUCCGUCGAGGACCUGCGCACGCACUUCCGCCGCCUGAGCACCGAGGACGCGUCGCCGUCGCGGCGCGGCCCGCCGGGCCACGACGUCUACAAGCCACUGUGGCGGGGCAACUCUGUCGUCAACCUGGCCAACAGCCUCAAGCGCACCACGGCCUCGCACCGCGGCCGCCCGGUCGUCGGCGAGUUCGUGUCGCGGUCGCUGGACCGGAAGCACCUGAGCCGGCACGAGCAGGUGGGCGGCAUCGGCAACCGCCUGUGGAGCAGCCUGUCGCUGGAGCAGGUCAACGCGCUCAAGAACCAGCUGAGCGAGAUCUACAGCGGCUGCCCCGGGCGUCGGGCGGCGCCGCGCGCGUCCGCCUGCGAGGUGACGGUGAGCGAGGAGGCGCACGACCCCGGGCACCUGUACGUCCGCAGCAACUCGCUGGUCAGCAGCGAGGACCUGUACGCCGAGAUCCUGAUGCGCCGGCAGCUGCGGCGCGCCGAGAGCCUCAAGGCAGACUCGAUCGGCUCGCUGUCCGUGUGGCGCGACGAGGACGACUCCCAGCCUCGGACGAGCAGGGUGGCGCCGGCCGUCGGCCAGGUGCUCAGCGAGGCCGAGAAGAAGCGCCUGUCGCGCACCCUCUGCCAGGAAGUCAUGAGCCGGCGGCGCGCGCGCAGCGUCAUGUCGCCGAGGGAGACCCUGGGCGCGCAGGCCGCCGCCGACGCCAAGGUAGUCGGCAAGUGGACGCCGUCGUCCCCGCGGACCUGUUACUCGCUCGAGCUGUCCGACCACGGCCAUGGCCACGACCUGCUGCUCGUCCUCGACGCUCCGCCCGCCGCUGCCGCGCUGCCACCGCCACCGCUGCCGCCGCCACCGCCGCCGCUUCCGCAGCAGACGCGCAAGCAGGUCAAGGAGGUCAGCAGGCCCGCGGAGCAGGAGGCCCGCGCCGUGUCGGCCAGCGAGACCGAGAGCGCGAGCUCCACGGCGUCCACGCGCACCGUCAUCCGGGUCGACACGAGCUCGGCGCCGGGCUCGGGGCCGGGCACGGCCGCCGUCCAGAGCAAGGUGGAGUACUUCGAGAGCAUGGAGAGCAGCGGGCCGCCCUCGCUGGGCGCCGUCGCGCCUCCCGUGGCCGCGGGCCCCGCCGGCCCCACCGCGGCGCCAGCGGCCUUGGAGAGCAGCCGGGCCAGCUCGGCCGAGCGCACCGACCUGAUCGAUAGGCGGCCUGCAUCGUCGGCUGCAUCGGCGUCGUCCCCUGGUACGAGCCGGCUGUCGAGCUCACAGUCCGACCUGCGGGAGCUGUUCGGCGAGAGCGCCGCGGGCAGGCAGUACGCGGCGGCCCUCACGGCCCCGGCGGCCCCGCGGGCCCGGCCGCCCCCGCCGCGCCACCCGCGCUCCGCCAGCCUGGAGAGCCUGCUGUCGCCCACCGCCUCGCCCGACCCCACCAAGUACUACCGCGCCUACAUCCGCAUGGUGAAGGGCGGCGACGUGCGCCGCCUGGCGGACCGCUUCGAGAGCCUGGACGACCUCACGUACAUGUGCGUGCGUGCGGGUGAGGCGCGUGCCCGGGCGCGCAUGGCCAGGGCGUGCCGCAGCGACCCGGACCUGGCGCGUGCCGGCCGCCCGCACCCCGACCACCAGGUGGUGGUGCGCGGCCACGAAGCCGGCGACGUGGACUGGCUGCGGCGGCGCUACGAGGCGGGCCGCGCCGCCAAGAGGACGGCGUCGUCGCCGGUGCCCCGUCGGCCGCUCGAGGACCGCUUCAUGCCGCACAUCAACGUCAUCAGCAAGACGGCCAGCCUCCAGCGCCGCACCGCCCCAGGCGCCGCUCCCGUCAAGGAAGCCGCCGCCGAGGCCGACCGCGUGCACACGGGCCACGUCGACCGGCUGCGCAGCAAGUUCGAGUCGGAGCUCUCCCUGCUCGGGCAGAUGUUCACGUCGACGCCGGACGUGCACGAGCUCCGCGACAUCGCCCCCUUCCUGGGCUGCCGCUGGGUGGCGCACCAGUACCCUGAGCCCGAGCCGGAGCCGCCCCUCAGCCGGUCCAUGUCGGCCCUGGACGUGGAGCGGGUGCGCUCUCCCGGGCGGCCGCCUGCCCGGCCGCGCCCCGCGUCCGCCUCCCCCACGCGCCGCCAGCCCGCCUCCAUCCUCAAGCAGGCCAGCGUCGUGCCCCCGUGCUGCAGGCACCACCAGGCCGCCGCCGCCGCGCCUACGCUCACCUACGACCGCUUCGCCAACCAGCCCUUCGACCCCGCCAUGCACCGGCCCGUCUGCCGGUACCAGCCCGUGCCGCCGCCGCUGCCGCCCCCGGAGCCGCGCCGCCCCCUGCGGCCGGCGGCCGUGCGCCGCCCCUGGACCGCGCUCGACUACUGGUGGCGGCACUGUACCCACCACCGGCCCACCGUCCACUUCAAAGAGUCGCCCCACCGUUAUGCCGACUCCGAGGUGACGAUCCGCUACCGGUCGCCCGUGUCCGCGGCGCGCGCCCCGGACGCUGGCCGGCCGAUGAGCGAGCAGGAGCUGAGCCGGCGGCAGGCCGAGGCCAUGCGCAGACUCUACCAGGAGGAGCGCCGGCGCAAGUACCUGCACGAGCUGCAGGACAUCAGCUCCCGCCGGCACACCGACAACUUCACGUGAGUAACAUUCGACGGAUUUCGAGGAAUAUGGGGAGAUAUAUCGGGAGACUUGGUUUUGAAAUUUUCAAAAUUUUUCGGAAAAUUACCAAAAACUUCCAGGAAAUAAAGGAAAACUUCCAAUCACUAUGAAAAAUGUCGUCGUAAAUUUACAAUUUUUUUGAAAAUUCGGAUUAUAAUUUAAGCGUAAAUUUACGAGGGCCAAAUUUAUUACUCGCCAAUGGGUUAAGUCACUACUUACUGCAUGUAUUUUUACGAUUUCAAAUUGUAAUUUUACAACUUGCGUCAAGGAAAAUUUUCCUGUAAACCCACCUACUAUUUUUCACAGUGAAAGUCUGGGAACUUGUCUAUUUUUUCCCGGAAAUUUUCCUUCCUUUUUUUCCCGAUAGGAAAAUUUGUGUUUUCUUUGCCAGCGCAUUAAUGACAAUGAAGGGAAGCAGGCCAACGAACUGUGCUGUGUGCGUCUGAAAGCAGAGGCUCGUAAACACAAUGCCGGAUUGCGGAGCACGCCGUCUGGUCUGCCGCCCAGACUGAUUCCGCGGGGCGGGCGGGGUGGGCGUGGGUUGGGCGCACACCCCAACAGCGUCGCUCCAACGCUUCCGUCAGGUGCGCUUUCCCUUUUGAUGGACUCUCGCUUCAUUGUGUUCGUCGUUUGGAUCGUUCUCUCUCUCUCGUGGACCACACACCGGGGGUUUCGAGGAGAAGGGGGGGGGGCACCCCCGGGGAGGGACGCGGUGCUGCUGGAAACCAAACAAAGCGUGUAUAGCCCUUGGGAGUCUGUCGUCCGCUUAUAUACUGCCAUACCGAGGGUGGCCCAACGGUCCAUAGACAGCCCUCUUGUCCCCCGUUUCAUUCUCUGUUUCUGUCUCCUUUAUCGCGAAAAAGUAUAAGAAGGUCAAAAUUUAUCAUUCGUGACACUAAUUUACGUGGUUUUGUGGUUUAGCUCGUCUGUGACAGAGCGAGAGGGAGCGGGA